AAAGAAAAUGUUCUGAAACUUUUCUGUUGUUUGUUGUCCAUGCAUCACACAUUGUUUAAUGCAACGUAGUAUAGUAGGGCUAUGAAUGGGUGAAAAAACUGCUAAGCAACGUUAAGGUAACAGUUAAUAUGUGUCUUCAGUGAUGUUUAGUAUAGUAAUGUAAAUUGACAGGGCAAUGCUCAGCUCGCUAUGGAAACGGUGGACGCAAAACUCAAUCUCGCCUAGGGCUACCAAAGGGCUAGAACCGGCCCUGGGGGAGAGAGCGGGAGAGAGGCGAUGACGGACAGAGGCAGCAAGCUUCGUUUAGCUUCGUCAUGUACCGUAUCGCCAUCAUCGCGGUUGCCAGUUUGGGAUCAGUCAAACCAGAGCCUGUGCUGUAUCAAACGUUCCUGGCUUGUUGCCCUCUCAGCCACACCGAGCAUUACAUUAACAACAUGUGUAGGGUUGCCAGGCCAGUCAGAAUCAGGUCAUUUUAGGUUAUCAUGAUCUGACCUUUAUACACGGUCAAAAUUCUUAAUUCCACCCUUGUUUUCUUGUACUAAUAUGAGCUUUAUGUUUAUAAUGUUUCCUUUGUUGUUAAGGAAAUUGCUUUGUGUAUAAAAAAGGGAGGGCCGGCUCUGAGUGCUACCCCAAAUAAAAGACUGGCCCGAACUGCCCCCCCCCCCAGAAAUAAUGUCCUGGCUACGCCCCUGGGUGGAAGCGGCAAUUCCUCUACGUUCCUGAUGACGAAAUGACGCAAAGUCUACGCACAAUGCGGAUGUAAACACAGCUAGACUCACGUGGAGGACCUGUAUACCUCCGACCCUCCCAGUGAAUGAUGUCAGUGAAGGUGGAGCGGUUCUCCAGCCCCGGGAAGGGGAACGGGCUGCGGGCGGUGAGCGGGGUCCCAGCGGGGGGGCGCGUCUGGUCCGCCGCGCCGCUCGCCGCCUGCGUCUCCAACACCCUGACCGGAGAGGUUUGCAGCGGCUGCUUCACACGCCGUGCGUCGUUGCGGAGGUGCUCCCAGUGUCAGACCGCUCGCUACUGCAACGCGUCCUGCCAGCGGCGGGCGUGGUCCGUCCAUAAGAGAGAGUGUGUGUGUCUCCGGGACCUCCUGCCGAGGGCCCCGACCGACUCGGUGCGGCUGGCAGCCAGGAUCCUCCUCACCCCCACGUUGAAUUCAUCGACAAAGCAGAGCGAGGAGCUGUACACCCUAGAAGAGCACGAGUCACACCUGGACUCCAUGUCCGAGCAGAAGAGGCGGGGCCUGUCCCAGCUGGCGGACAUGUUGCAGAUCUACCUGCAGCCCGAGGUCCCGGACCUCAUGGAGGAAAUGACAUCACUCCCACCGUCCUGCCAAGACCCCCUCAGCCUCCUCGCAAAGGUGGGCUUAAGCACACACACACACACGCGCACAACACACACACACACACACACACACACACACACACACACACACACACACACACACACACACACACACACACACACACAAUGGACAUACGUUUAUGGCUUUUUGCGUCGCCCAGUGUGUGAGGGUAACAUAAGAUAUGUCUCAGAUCCUCUCUGGUGUUUGUGUGUGUGUGUUUGUGUGUGUAUGUGUGCAUUCAACUCUUAAAAGACACCAGGUGUUUGCAUGUCCAUCGAAACCACAGACUAAUUAUCCGUUUGUUAACAUGAGCCGCUCUUCCUCGCUCUCUCACGCUCCCCUGGUAUUUAAUGGGACGCCUAGUGUGUGUGUGUGUGUGUGCGUGUGUGUCAGUGAGGAGGUGUUUUGUGGUCGGCUGGCCGGGGGAUUAGGGGUUCGUUCUAAUUGAGAGCAUCCCUGCCUUCAGUUAGCCGAGAACGGCAUCAUGGGAACACAAUGUUUAAACGAGCUCCAGACUCCAAACUCUAGUGGUGGUUAUUUACUGAGAACUAAGAUUGUAACAGUGUGUGUAUCCCCACCAUCCAUUAUGUCUGUGCCACUAUUAUAGCAGAAUUAUUAUGGUCCCGCUUGUCAUUCAUGGAGUAUUCAUCAAUUGGACUUUUGAAGACGUCAACACAAGCAAAUGAUUUAUGCAAAAAAAUUAAGCAAUGGCUAACAGAUGAGAUUUUGUAAUAUUAUUAUUAAUUUUCUCAAUGUGUGACACACACACACACACGCAUACACUCUUGUAUGUCCUGAUCAUUAAAUGCCAAACUUGAUUGUAUCACCUUUAAAGAAUAAAGUGUGCAUACAUUUACAGUCCUGUAUUGUGUGUGUGUGUGUGUGUGUGUGUGUGUGUACUACUGUGCUUGUUGGAGGCACCAGCGUACACAGCUUUUUAAAUUGGGUUUGAGGUCUCAGAUGGAAUCUCGUCUGCUGCCUGGAGAGGCACCGAGAAUACUGACGGGAGUCAAGAGAGUAGGGAGGGGAGGAGGAGGAAGGGAGGCAGAUGACAUGGCAGCAAUUAUAUAUAGUUAUUACACGGCUCUUCUCAAUGCCGUGGAACGCUCCGUUCACUUGCAUGGGACAUUCACAACUUCCGGCGGUGAAUUAUAUUUAUAAUUCACUGUUGCUAAGUAUAAUUGGCCGCUGUUAAGGAAAGUGUUUUUUUUGCCGCCUUUCGUAUCACUCCAUAAGUAGUCCGGUCACUUAUAAACCCCAGUGUACUCGGUUGCUAAGCGACGUCAACGUCUUUGACAGACUAUUUCUCUGCUGAUCAACACUACGAAUGCUGGUGACAACAAAAAUUGUAAAAAGACACACCGUGUGAAGUUAUAUUUUCUCGUUUUGGCAAGUUGCCGUGUAAUGAGCGGAAUAAUGUGUAGAACGUCGCCGGUCAUUAUCGAAAAUAAGCCCCGACAGGGCGAACAGGACACCUCCGCUGCACGUCGGUGUCCUGUUCGCCCUGUCUGGGCUUAUUUUCCCGAUAAUGACCGCGUUCUAUACAUUAUCCCUUACAUAUACUAUCUACAGUCAAAAUAUCAGAUCAUGAUAUUGAAUGUCCUGAAGCUCUGUAUGUUCGUGUGUCGAGGUUUAUGAGUGUGUGUCCACACGCCCUCCCACCGAGAGCCAAGGUCAUCCCAGAUCUGAGACUGAAAACACAAUCACUGAUGACCUCUGUGGGCGUCUGAGGUCGCUGGCCGGAUCCUUCCAGAGAGCGGGAAGUAAACGGCUCAUCUGAUCAUCUGAGGCCUCACACACACACACACACACACACACACACACACACACACACACACACACACACACACACACACACACACACACACACACACACACACACACACACACACACACACACACACACACACACACACACACACACAGUAAAGAACAA